AUUCUCACUUUCAUCGACAUCAUUAAAAUUCAAAACCACUAAAACCAAAAAUGUCACACACCACCACACACCCUCCAUCAUCCGCACCCAGCGGACUAUCAUUAAUACCCGCAGUCAUACCCGAUACCCAUAUACCACCAUCGUCCACCACCAGCGGACUCUCAUCGGUACCCGCGGAUAUACUCGAUACUCAAAUUCUAACUCGCCUCGACGGCCCAAGUUUAGCUUCCGCCACAUGCGCCUCCACCCUAUUCUCCACCACUCACAACCACCACCACCUUUGGUCCACCAUCUGCCACUCAACAUGGCCCUCCACCGCCACCGAUUAUAUCGCCGACAUCAUUUCGACUUUCUCCGAUAACCGAACCCGAACCGGAUACUACUCUUUCUUCUCCCAAUCCUUCCCUCUACCCACCCCAGACCCCACCACCCUCCCCCCACCCCCACCAUCGUCAUCUCCGGCACCGGAAUUAAUCUCCACCGUCGAUAUCCACUACCGGAACAUCCCAAUUUUCACAAAAACCGAAACAACAACCACUACCGGUGACUGGUUCCAAUUCUCUCCAUUCAGAAUCGAUUUAAUUAACCCGAAGAACGUAUUCACAACACCGGUGAUUCUCUCCGGUGAUGCCACGUGUCCGGCAAUGAUGGAAGAUGUUACAUUAAGUUGGAUAUUAAUCGACCGGUUUAAUAAACGAUCGGUUAAUCUUUCGUCUAUUAAACCGGUCUCGGUGAACCGCCACUGGCUGUCCGGCGAGGUGCAGCUCCGGUUCGGGUCAAUUCUCGCCGGAGAUGACGUGGCGGCGGUGGAGUGCCGGAUAGUGGUGGUUUCCGGUGUGUCGGAAAAUGGGAAUAUGCAGUUGAGGGAGGUGGUGAUGGAGAUUGAGGGUAUGGAUGGAAAAUGUUUAGAUGGGAGGGGUAGUUUGGGGAUUUUACAUAGGGUUAUGGAGGGUAAAAGGGGAAAUGGUGUGAAUAAAGUGGAGGAAGGGAGGAGGAGACAUAGGAGGUACGAGGAGAUGAAGAGAGAGAGUAGAGAGAGGAGAGAGAGUACAGAGAGAAAGUCAAGGGUAGAAGGGACACUAGAUGUUUUGUGUUUGGUUUUUUGGUUGUGUGUUUCUAUUGGUUUAUUUUUUGUUUUGAUUGUUAAAAAGUUUAUAUUAAAAAGAGAUUAAAUGGAAAAGAUAAUAGUUGUAUUGUAUUUUUAAGUAUGGAUAGUUUAUCUUCCUUUUGGGACAAGUAAAUUUAA